AUGCCUCCUUCAUGGAAUCCUCCUUCAUGGAAUUUUUCUAUCUUUCGACAACCUUUGCGUAAAAAUGCGGGUCUGGAGAACGGCAUCCCCGUACACGACACACGUCUAUCAUGGAUCUCCAGUCCUAUUGAAAAGACCGAAAACACCCCCCGUCUCUACCGUCACUCAGACGCGACACCUAUCGAGCUCUUCUUCGACUUGUUUUUCGUUGCCAAUCUCUCGACGUUUACUGCCACCCACGAGAUCAAUAAUGUGAAAGCUUUGGGUGCAUACAUUGGGUUUCUCGGGGUGAUUUGGUUUACCUGGUUACAAGUCACCUUGUUCGACAUCCGCUUCGCACGAGACUCCGUCUUUGAGAGAAUCUGCAAAGGCUUUCAGCUUGGCGCAAUGGUCGGGUUUGCCUCUGCCGGAUCUCGCUUCACGACCCGUGUCCGAGGUGAGAAUGUUUGGGCUUUCCAGUCUCUGGGUUUGAUUCUUGCUGGGAGUCGCUCGCUGCUAGCCAUUCAGUACACCAUCAACACUUUUUUCGUCUACAAACAUAUGAAGCCUUCUGCAAGAGGGCUACUAUAUACAGCUGCUGUGCUUUGGAUGACAACGAUAUUCUACAUCGGGAUGUAUUUCGCUUUCCGAUGGGCCUAUGAUAUUCGCGCUAGAAUAUGGACCGUUUGGUUCGUUCUGUUUGGAGUUGAAAUGUGGACGGAAACCCACUUGAACGUACGAAUGGGUCUUCUCACGCUCAUCAUUAUUGGAGAAGGGGUUAUUGCGAUCACUCGAAUUGUCAACAAGACGGUUCGGCCCGGGGGGUGGACCAAAUGGUCGUUUGUACACAUACUGGGUGUCACUGCCAACGUCUAUUUACUGUGGCAAGUCUACUUUGACAUAUCCCCACGGCGACACCUCGGAAAACUAUCCCAGCAGCUCUGGGUGCAGCUUCAUUUCCCGUUCCAUGUCGCCCUCAUUCUGCUUCUCGAGGGCUCACAAAUUCUAGCCCUGACGCUUGAUGUGACCUUGAAGUUGAGAUAUCUGGCAGAGACAUUCUCUUUUGUAUGCGAAGAGCCGCGCCCCAGUACAGAACGAGCAGUUGGGCUCAUACGAAGUACGAUCACAGACAUGGAGAUCCCAUUUAGCCGAGGUGCCACCCAAGAAUGGACCGCCAUUUCAAGUCUACUUGAGAGUCUAGCUGAGCAGGCUCUUUGUCCGGAGACUAGCUCGGAGGUCGGGCCCGUCGGCUUGCAAUAUACAGAAGAUUUAUUCAAUGACCUAAUGGGCAACGUAACGGCUGCACUGUUCUCCAGCAUGGACAUAACCCCAUCAAAAAAAGUGGACAUCAGCCUCCUCGACAAUCAACAGCUGCUACGAAUGUACAUGAAAGUUCUCGCCUUCGUCUACAUCUACUUUUUCGUUGUCGCGAGCUUGCUGAUGGGACUUUUCACCGCGUUUCUGCUGCUCUCUCGACGUCAUGAGCGCUGGCUAUACCAAAUUCUAUCAAUGACUGCACGGGUUGCUCUCGGGAUCUUCCUAGCUAGCCUGGUCUCGUUCGCAAGCCAUUUUCCGCUCGCACAUGCAUUCAUGACUUCGCCGAUCAUAUUAUAUGCCUUCAGCUUGACCCUUUUGACCGUGCUCUUUGUUGACCGACUUUUGGAUUGUCUUGCAUCCCGGAGAGCCGCAGCUGGCCGACGGAAGCGGAAAGAAAACAUCCAGCUCAGGAAUAUUGCUCCUAGGCCGGGGAUGACCGUCCUGGGUCUGGCCUCCGCUUUGGAGGGCACUCUCGAUCGACGCGUCUCAUUGUCUUGUGCCGAGGAGAGAGAGAUUCAUAUACCUGUUCAAGGACGGCCACCAUUACCAGAGGAGGAGUCUGGUUCCCGAAUGUCGUCUAGCUUGGAUAUUUUACGCACGCCCCCUUCCUUCCCACAUGAACAUUCGAAUCGACAUUCUGUAUGA